GAUGUCAGCACAGGAAGCUGCCUUGUGGCAAAGAUAUCAGCUCACCACAGAAGUGCUCUUCUUCUGCUUCCACUGGAUCUUUAUAAAUUUAAUCAUCAAACAGGUCACGAUGUCCAUCAGCAACACCACUACCUGCACCAAUGACAGUACGAGCCACUUCGACAUCAUCCACGUGUGCUUGUACUCCUUCAUCUUCAUCGUGGGUCUUACUUUGAAUGUUAUAGCUCUGGUAUUUUUUUUUUGUCAAAUCAAAUCCAGAUCCCCAACAGUUGUCUACAUGACCAACCUGACCAUGGCGGACUUUUUACUCAUCCUCACAUUGCCAGUGAGAAUCUACUACCACCUUGGAUUAGAAGGCAUUCCUCCGGUGUUGUGUGAUUGCCUUGGCUUGAUCCUGAAGGCCAACAUGUAUGGGAGCAUCUUAUUCCUCGCUUGUAUUUGCUUUGACCGCUGUGUCGCUGUCAGCUUUCCUAUGUCUACAAGAAUUCAGAGAGCAAGACAGAAGUCACGGUUGAUUUGUCUUGGAGUCUGGAUCCUGUCCUUUGGUCCAAGUGUGCCAAUCUACUUCCUCAAGCGUGAAAAUGUUUCUUUAAAUGUUACUAAACAUUGUUUUGAUAACCCACCGGUUUAUGCCACACAACCAGCCGUAGUUUUUUCCACUUUAUUUCUGGGGUUUGGGCUCCCUUUAGCAAUUAUGCUAAUAUGCUCCUGGAUAUUGGUUCAUACAGUUCAAAAAAGCACUGUGGCUCAGACAAAUCUGGUGGACAGCAGAAAGAUCCGGAGGAUGAUCGCUACAAGUCUGCUUAUUUUCCUAUUCAGUUUCUCUCCAUACCAUGUUACCCUAGUUGUCCUCUCCCUGCACAGAGAGACUAUAACCUCUAGAAGUUGUAGCGGUAUGCAGCCCAUGUUGGCUGCAUACCGCUACAGCCUGGUGGUGGCUUGUCUAAACACAGUGCUUAACCCCAUUGCGUAUUAUUUCACCACAGAUACCUUCAGGAAGAACAUGGUGAUAGGCACUGUUCAAAAGGUGUUCCCCCUGUACAAUCUGAGUUCAGGGCAGAGAUAGCUGAGUGCUCACAAUAGCUGAAAAAUGCUGGAGGAUCUCUUAGUCCCACUUAGCUCCAUGGGUCACUGUUAUCCUGAAAGGUGCAUUCUGGGCAUGUUUUCCUCACCAACAUCAUCACCAGCACGAGUUCUGUUUUUCUCCUUUGUGCUCUUUCUAUCAAAUUUGAUGAAAUACAAGCAGACUGUGAAAUGACUUUUGCUUUUGUCUAUAUUGUUACUCAACCUUUAACGUCUUAUUUAUGAGGUGUUCUUUAAAUGAGGGUCCUUCCAAAAGGUUCUUAACUCACUGGCAUUAAUUUUAGUUUAAUAUCAAACCUACACCACAGCACAGUGCAGCCAGAGACACUGUUUCACCAACCACCAAGGCAAGUAUUAUGCUUGCACAAUACUAAGCCACCACAGGAAAGUGUAUGGUGGUUUCUCCACACCAACACAUCUUGCAUAAUCUUGUAUAUACUAUGUCUUCACAAAGGUCAUAAAGGGUUUUUUUCACCACACAA